AUGGCUUUCACGAGAACCCUUUCGAUGAUCAUUGUCUUCGUAUCCCUCCUGCAGGCCCAAGCGGCCCGCACCCCGGAGGCCCGAGUGUGGGCCCUCUGCAAGCCCGCGACGAACCCCCUGGCGUGCUACAAGACGAUCCUGCCGCACGCGGUCUCCGCCAAGCGCUUCAACAUGUACAACGCCCUGGAGACAGAGAUCCUGGCGACGCAGCAACAAGUGCAGACAACCUCGGAACGCAUAAGCUGGCUCCUGGGGAACCCCGCCACCGACAAGAGCACCAAGGACUCGCUGGCCACGUGUCAGGAGCAGUACUCGAGCAUCGUCGACUCCAUCCACGAGGCCAUCGCCCUGGUCGCUAAGCGCAACGUGGGGGAGGCGCGCUUCCAGUUCAGCGCCGUCAUAUCGUUCCAGUCCUCAUGCGACGACGAGUUCGAGGGCGAGACCUCGCCCAUCGCCAAGGAGUCCCAGGCUGUGUUCGACCUCGCUGGGAACUGCUUGGACAUCAUGAAAGCCAUUGAAGAUAGAGAGAGUCGCCACCACGGAGGGACCACCGGUGCGGUUCCAACUAACGCCACCGGCCCAUGCCACAACACUAUUGGCACCUGCGCUUAA